UCUGCCGAUGAUGGAUAGCCCCCCCAAGCUGACCGGCGAAACCCUGAUUGUCCAUCAUAUUCCCCUGGUGCACUGCCAGGUUCCCGACAGACAGUGCUGCGGUGCCAGCAAGCGGACCAACCCCUUCUGCCCACCUGACGUGGGUGUAGCGUGCGCCACCUCCCUUCCGGAGUGGGACCUCUCGCAGACCGACUCCCUGGUCUACAGCAGCUUGCUCCAGGCUUCGGACACAGAUCUGGCCCCGGUGGAGACGGUGGAAGACAAAGAAGGCCAACCCCGAGACGCAGUUGCCCCUGCAGCCAUCAAGCGGCAGAACCCAUUCCUGCUGGGGGACGGCGAAACUCCCAGGGACCUUUACGAAGAUGACCCAAGACAGAAAUCAUUCCACCUUCAUGGCGGCAAGGCCACCUUCCACGUGCACGAGACGGCCCUGCCGCCCUUCCGCCUGCACGACACGGCACCCGUAGGGAGGCCCUGGAGCACCACCAGCCGCUUGGAUGUCGUGGAGGGCCAAGAGGACAAGUUGGCCGGCGAUGACACUCGUAAGAAGAGCCGCCUGGCGCCAGACUGCAUGGAGCUGGACGAGUACGGCUGCCAGCGCGGGGACCCCUGCAGCUUCUCCUUUGAGCAGGAGUGGGCCGGCGACGAGCUGCUGCCCAGCCAGGAGGCGGUUCGCAGCCGGACGUGCAGCUGCUCCAGUUCUGAGCUCCAGCGCUGCCGCUGCCACAGCCUCUCGAGUCAGUCUGAGCCUCUGGACCAGCAGAUGGGCUACGUCAGCGACUCGUCCUGCAACAGCUCUGACGGGGUACUGGUGAACUUCAGCGCCCUCUACCACAAGAUGAACGGCCACGCCCAUUCCAACCUGAACUCAGCCAAUCUGUCAUGCGACUCUUCCUCGGACAGCCACUCUGACACGGGGGCUUUUUACCUGGACUUGCACUCCUCGCCCAUGGAGUCGAAGAUGUCCUGCAAGACGCACCACCCGGAGGGCUUGGGGAAGGCCUGUGGGUGCCGCCACCCGUCCUCGCCUAUCUUGGAUGCCAACUGCAACUCCUACCUGCCGCCAUGCGAUCCGUGCACCUCGGAGGGCUCGGACCUCACUGCUUGCUUCCAAAGCCAAGCGCGGCUGGUGGUGGCCACCCAGAACUACUACAAACUGGUCACCUGUGACUUGUCCUCCCAGUCCUCUCCCAGCCCGGCCGGCUCCUCCAUCACCAGCUGCUCCGAGGAGCACACCAAAGGCAGCCCCCUCCAGCCCACGGAGUACUACCUGUUCCAGAGGCCUCCGGCCCAGCUGGAGGAGAGCAGCGACACCGAGCACUCCAGGGAAGGUUCGCAGGGGGAGGCGGAGAAGAACGCCAUCGAGGGGCAGGUUUACGUCAACAUUUCCCCUCCCACCCUCGCCGGCGGGAGGCAGCGUUCCCGCAGCUACGACCGCAACUUGGACCGGAGCCCCACGGGCCGGCUGGGCUCACUGGAGCGCAUGAUGAGCUGCCCAGUGAAGCUGAGUGACAGCCCGGCCCUGGUCAUCCAGGGCUCCUCCCCCAAGCGGGUCACUUCCUUUGCCGAACUGGCCAAGGGCCGGAAGAAGACGGGCUCCUCCCCCCCGCUGCGGACCAGCAGGGACUCCUCCCUCGAGUUCUCCCCCAUCCCAGAGUACCAGAAGGAUGGUUCUGUCUUCCUGGGAGACCGGGGCCGGCACAGCCAGAGUCUGCCGCCCAUGCCCUUGCUUCACUCCCUCCACCACAGCCCCGAACGAGGAGGGGGCACCUCGGGAAAGGACUUGUGGGGCAGGGAGGUGCCCGAGCAGCCGUUUCCUUCCGCUGUGGGGGAGGCUGGGGCCAAUCCCGCCAGCAGCCUGGGACAGAAGGACACCCGAGCCCGAGCGGAUGGCGGGGCCGCAGAGAGCAAGUCGGUGGUGCGCUAUAGCAAGGACCAACGGCCGACCACCCUGCCCAUCCAGCCCUUCGUGUUCCAGCACCACUUCCCCAAGCAGGCCAAGGGUCCGCGGGGCCUCCACAGCCACUUCGCCUCCAGCCUCUCGCAACUCUACAGCCUAUCGACAGCCAGCAGGUCAGCUGGCCAGCAGCUCUCUUCCACCUCCCAGUCCUCUGCCUCCGCCACCUCGUCUGACCAGCCCAUGGUGGUGGGGACCCUGGGGCCCGGGCAGCGCUCGGCAGAUGGGGCUGCUUCCCUCGGCGAUGGCUGCGCCAAGAAGUCCGUCCCGGAGACCACGCGCCCGUCCCCUCUGGGCAGCUACUCCCCUGUGCGAAGCAAUGUGCCUUUCUUCCAAAACGUGGACUCUUCCUCUUCCUGCUCCCCGACUCCUGAGAGCCAUCCUCCCCGAAGCAGGUCCUGCCCUGCCUCUGCCAACCUCUUGUCCACCAGGCCUUCCCCGGCCCCACGAGUCAGCAGCCACGCCAAUCCCGUGCACAAAAAAGAGAGUCCUCCGCUGCCGCCACAGAACGGGCUGCCGGAAGAGUAUCAGCUCCAGGACGGCUCCCUCCCUCCUUUGGUGACCGACGGGUUGAGCUUGACCAGGGCAGGGGGACAUGCCGACCCCAAAUGGAAGGCUGGCUGCAGCGAUCCCAUCAGCUCUGGAUCCUUGGGCCCCAUAGUGCCCCGCCCCCUGAAUGCCCAUCACCUCUCUCCGCAAGCACUCAAGUGGCGGGAGUAUCGUCGAAGAAACCCCCUGGGGCUGGAACGCGUCUCGGGGCUGGCGGGGCUGACGGGCAGCCUGGACUGGAGGCGACAGGAGGGCCGGCUGCCCUGGAGGAACCACAUCUUUGAGUUCCCAGGGCAGUCCGCAAAGCCGCUGCCGCUCAACUAUUCUGACUUCUUCCCGGACUAUUUCUCCCUGGCCGAAAAGCCCCCCGCGGAAUUCUGCCUGUCGCCGGAUGGAAACACGGAGUCCGUCUCCAUCGAUCUGCUGCAGAAGAAGGGUCUGGUCAAGGCCAUCAACACGGCCGUGGACCUGAUAGUGGCACAUUUUGGCACCAGCAGAGACCCCGGGGUGAAGGCCAAGCUGGGGAACAGUUCAGUGAGCCCCAACGUGGGACACCUCAUCCUGAAGUACCUGUGUCCGGCCAUCCGUGACGUCCUGAGCGACGGGCUGAAGGCCUACGUGCUGGACGUGAUCGUCGGCCAGAGGCGCAACGUCCCCUGGAGCGUGGUGGAGGCCUCCACGCAGCUGGGCCCCUCCACCAAAGUCCUGCACGGCCUGUACAGCAAGGUCAGCCAGUACCCGGAGCUCACCAGCCACACCAUGCGCUUCAAUGCCUUCAUCUUGGGUCUCCUCAACAUUCGGUCACUGGAAUUCUGGUUUAAUCAUCUCUACAACCAUGAAGACAUUGUCCAGGCGCACUACCAGCCGGUGGGCUUCCUGCCGCUGUCGCACGGCGUGUGCCAGGGCCUCUUCGAGGAGGUGCUGCUGUUGCUCCAGCCCCUCUCCCUGCUGCCCUUCAGCCUGGACCUCCUCUUUGAGCACCGCCUGCUGCAGAUGGGCCAGGAGCAGCAGGAGCGCAAGGAGCUGCUCCGCACCCAGCAGGGCCUGGUGCUGUCGGCCCACUCCACCCUGCAGCUGAUGAGGACCCGGGGCAGCGGUGGCCAGCGGAGCUGGGCGGCCGAGCAGGGCCAGGCGGAGGCCCACCUCAAGGGUGUGGGGGCCCCCUGCGGAGGCAGCGGGAGGGAGGAGGGGGCGGAGCGCCAGGAGGCCACCUCGGAGCAGAGGAAGGACAAGCAGGCCAGCUGGUGGUACCAGCUCAUGCAGAGCUCCCAGGUCUACAUUGAAGGGUCAGCAGCUGAAGGCUCUCGUCUCAUCCGCUACGAGCGGAAGAAGAAGGUGGGCACGGGGGCGGCUGCCAAGCCGCAGGCCAAGGCCAGAAAGGGGCCUCCCCCAAGGGAAGGGGUGGUGGAAGGGGCUGAGGCGUGCCCCAUCACGGAGGGACCCGUCGAUGAGGCACCCCGAGUGGAGGCAGCCCCGAAACCAACGCGGGAGCCCCAGCCCUCGGCCAACGAAGAGGCGAAGGAGAAGAGCCGCCCCUUCUGGAUGGGCAGCCCGCCAGACGUGGUGCUCACCGAACUGAAGCGCACCAAGGAGAAAGAACGGGGGCCGUCCCCAAGGCAGGGGGGGCCGGGGCAGAGUGAAGCCGGCAGCCCUGACAGCAGCCAGCCCAAGUGGGGGCACCUCUUUGGCUCCCGGAAGGUCGCCAGGGAGCCCAGGCAGACCAACAGCCUCCUUCCCAGGAUGCCAUCUGGCUGGCUGAGCCUGGACCGGUCCAUGUUCCAGCUGAUGGUCCAGACCGUGGGGGCUGGCAUGUGGAAGGAGGCGGCCUCGGAGCCUGAGAGGUUGCCAGCAGACUGCACUUCUUCCUGCCCCAAGCAGCAGCCGCCGGAGAGGAGCAUCUCCCCGGAGACACCCUGUGAGGUGAAGGCCCUUUGCCACCACAUCGCCACGGAGGCCGGGCAGCUGAGCUUCAAGAAGGGAGACAUCUUGCGAGUGUCGGGCAAGGUGGACGCUGACUGGUUGCGGUGCAGCCGAGGAGCGGAGAGCGGGCUGGUGCCCAUCAUGUACGUCACGCACAUGGAAGACGAGGACUAUUGACGGGGCGGGGCGC